ACGAAGAAGAGAUCAUCUCGCUAAUCUGGAGGUAAAAUGGCGUCGGGUGCCAUUUCAACAGAUUCAAAGAAAAUAACAGAAUUAAGAGUUGUUGACCUUAAAUCCGAGCUCAAGAAAAGGGGCUUGGACACAUUUGGUGUAAAAAGCGUUCUUCUUUCAAGACUGAAACAGGCUAUUGAAGAUGAAGGUGGUGAUCCAGAGUACAUUCAGACAUCGCCGUCAACUGAUACACCUUCAAGGUUAAGUGGAAAAAGUAAAGGGAAGAAAUCCGAUUCGGAUUUGGAAAACACAGCAGAUGAAGACAGUUGUUCCAAGGCUAAUGAAGAUGAAGGUGGUGACCUAGAGUACAAUCAGACUCCGCCAUCAACUGAUGCAUCGACAACAAUAAGUGAGAAAGUCCAAGAAAAGAAAUCCGAUUCAGAUUUGGAAAACACAGCGGAUGAAGACACAUUUUCCAAGGAAGUUGAGGAGUCUGAAUCUGAAAAGGAUGUAACUGAUACAGAUGACGCUAGUCGCGAAAAUUCUAAGCCUCCACCCUGUGAAGACAGCCUCGCUCAUUCUGAGGCUGAAGCAGAGUCUGAAACCGUGGCGGCUGAGGCCGACUCAGAGCCUGAACCAGAGGAGAACGCAGAGGCUGACGAGGACGUAGACCGAGAGGCUGAGACCGAAGAAGCCGAGAGGGAUCCUGAAACAAUGAGCUCCUCUAGAGAAGUAGAGGAUGAUCACUUGUCUGUCUCAAUCCAAAACGAAGACACCCUCACCCUGGAUGUUGAAGGUGAUGACCUCCUGGAAACAGGUAAACAUGUGAGACUUCCAGAUCCAGAGGCAGAGAAGAGCACUGAGACCUGUGCUGAGAUGGGUCCAGAUGAUGACAUGAAGGAAGAAGACAUGGAGGACCACAAAGAUGGUAAGAAAGACGAUGGAGCCAUGAAGAAAGACGCCAGAGACGCCAUGACGGAUGCUGAAACCGAUAAAGAAAUGGAUUCUGGGAAGAAAGGCCAAUCUACUGCAGGGGCCUUGGGUCAAGAUAAGAGCUCUUCAAGAGACAAAGAUGGAAAAUCUGCAAAGGAUGAAAAAGCUGUCAGCAGCUCUUUUCGUAACCUAUGGGUGAGCGGUCUGUCCUCGAACACCAAGGCAGCUGAUCUGAAGAACCUGUUUGGCAAAUAUGGGAAGGUGCUCAGUGCUAAAGUGGUAACAAACGCUCGCAGUCCUGGUUCAAAAUGUUACGGCUUAGUGACGAUGUCCUCCAGCGCUGAAGUGGCGCGCUGCAUCUCCCACCUUGACUGUACUGAGCUCCAUGGACAACAGAUAUAUGUUGAACGGGUCAAAAAUGAUCCACUGAAAAAAGAUCCCUCAAAGAAAGAAGCGGAGGACAAAGCAGUGUCUGGCAAGUCGAAUAUUAAGCACAGUUUGACUGGGACUAAACAGACAAACAAAUCACAGCCGACUAAAAAAGAGGAGAAAAAAUCUGAUAAGGAGAAAAAAUCUGAUAAGCAAUCAGAAAAAGACAAGGAUUCAUCAAAGAAACUUGAAGGAAAAAGUGGGAGAUCUGAGUCGGUCUCAUCGAGCUCUGACGAUGAUUCAAAGAAAGAUGACAGAAAGCGUGGCCAAACAAAGAGUCCAGGAAAGACGGCAGCAGAAGAUCCUCCUACUAGAGAGGAGAGCUUUGGCAGAAGGCCUUUUAGAACCGGAAGAUAUUUUAAUAAUAGAACAGGAAGAUAUUUCAAUAAACCCUAUGGGAACCCUAACUUGGAUAAGCGUCCAAGGUGGUUGAUCCCUCCUGAAGAGGUACAAAUGCUGAGAGAGAAGCGGCAAGCCUUUUUCAACAAAGGGGUAGAUAGUGAUAUUCUGCCCUUUGACAAGUUUAAGGAGCAGAAGGACCAGAGGACGCGUGAACAAAUCGAGCGCUUCCAGAGAGCGGCUGAGCUGCGCAGGCGCCGUGAAAUAGCAGAACAAGAGCGGAGGGAGCGCGAGAGAGUCCGUCUGAUGCGUGAACGGGAAGAACGGGAGAUCCUGCUCCGGGAGCGCCAAAGGCUGGAGAUGGAGAGACAAAAACUGGAAAGAGAGCGCCUGGAGAGAGAGAGGCUCGAGAGGGAGAGGAUUCGCAUAGAGCAGGAACGUCGUAAGGAGGCUGAGCGCAUGGCACGUGAACGAGAGGAGCUUCGGCGGCAGCAGGAGCAGCUGCGUUUUGAACAAGAGAAGAGAAAUAACCUGAAAAGGGGUCGUGAGGUGGAACACGGCCGGCGUGAUGAUCCCUACUGGAACGGCAAUAAAAAGAUGCAUUCUGAGCCAGAGGUCCACCUGAACCAAGGCUCCAACUACAGCCGACCGCAGAAUCGCUUCCCCAGCGUAAAUCCUCGGGAGAGGGGCCGUUUCUCAGACGCUGGCCAUCAGCCUAACACGUUUGACAGGCGCAAUAAAUAUGACGGCGAACCAGAGGCAAAGAAGAGUCGUCCAGCUCCUCACAGAGAGGGCUGUGGCUUCGAGAGAUACCCCAAGAACUUUGAUACCGUCCGCAGACCCGAGCCACCUCCCCGUGGUGACACUGACCGCAGAGAAAGAGACGAGAGGCGCCCUCCGCCUAUACAUGAUCGCCCUGUGGGAGCAAGAGCUCCAAUCACUGCUGCGUCACACAACCGCCCACUGAGGGAUGGACCAGGGUGGAAGAAUGAUGGAGGGAUUAAUUCCAACAAGGGAGAUAUGAGAGGGCCGAUGCGCAUGCGGGAAGAUCGUCCAGGCAGGGACAGCGGAAGGAGUGGCUUUAAUAACAGAGGUCAACCCAUCGGCAUCAAUGAUCAGCCGUUCAGCUCUGGCCGGCAGGUAGUGGUGGAGCGUCACAGCAGGGAGCAAGUACCGAGGAAGGAGUGGCAUGGUGGAUCAAGCUCUCAAGGAGUCUUUCCUGAUAAUCGCAGGAUGGACAACAGUCGUGGGAUGAUGCCUACCUCCAGCCAUUCUUCGGGAUUGAGCCGGAUUGUACAGAUCACCAGCAACCCUAUUUCCAGCAGCGGCACCGUGGGAGGAUUCAAGGCUUUUAAAGGAGCGUCGCGGCCCUUCUGAGUUCAGCUAUUUAAAGGAUUUAAUAUUGGAAGACUUUUUGUUCUCCCGAACACUCUGAUUUUUAAAAUGACUGUUUUGGGCAGCGCAUCAGCAGCCCUGUUUUAGUCUAUACAGUCUUUAUGUCAGUGUGGGUCCUGAUAGUUUUGUUGUUACCACCAAAACGUUUUAACAUUUCUGAGGUUGCUGCACAUCCCUGUCUCCUAGUAUCAAGCUUUCCAGUGAUGUAGGAUUCCUCUUAUCGUUAGUGGUUGUAUUUUUAGUAGUUUUCCUGUGUAAUCUUUUUAUUUCAGUGUAUUAUAUAAUCCAAAAUACUAAGGAUUUCUGACAGAUGUGGAUGUUUCUCUGAGAUGGAUGACGUUUUUUUUUUUUUUUGAGAAGUCUUAUUUAAUGAAGGGGAUAUUUUGUAAAGCCAAACUGAUAUGUUUAAACAGGAGAGUUGAGCUGUUUAAAAGCUCUCUUUGAUGGCUACAUAUUAGGUAGCAGAUACCAGAGGACAAACGGAACUGUGUACAGGUCUUUCUAAGAAAAAAAAUGAGAAGAGAACAUUUGUUUUGUUUGUAAUUAACCUCUGGACAUUUUCAAAUAUAAUUGUAAUCAGUUUUCAGCUGGGCUGUUUUUACCUUUCCCUGUUGAAGCCACUCCUCUCUGGUCACUGAACUCUGUAAACAGCCACAUUCCUCUGCUGAAGGUAGAAUCUGAAAAGUUUGGUACAAUAUUAAAACUACCUGAAGCUUGUAUUUCGUGUAUUUCUGUUGUAAUUUUAGUGCUUCUAUGUAAUCUCUGAACUUUAAUUUUAAUAAUUUUGGUUGUACCUGUAGAGAUCUGGCAUCUGAUGUUUUUCACUCAGUUCAUUGUAUCCUUGACUACACACCUGAUGUUAUUGAAAUACAAAUUCAAUAAGAAAAUUACUUUUUUUUUUUUUUAAGAAACUCAUAUAAUCAAUAUAUACGUUUGAUAAAAAGACAGUAAAUGCACAUUUCAGUUUGUGUUUUACAUGACGAUCUGAAAAUAAACUAGUCUCCCAAGUUC